AUGCAUGCUGAGAAGGAAGUUGGGGGAGCUAACAGUAGCUCACGAAGUAGGAUGGUGUCUUACAGAGAUAAACUACUGAAGCUGAAUGGAGGAGGAUUCUCGGAUAGUGAAGAGAAAGACUGGUUGUCUAGACAAAAGCGAGAGGAAGAAGAGGAUGACCUCAUGGAUGAGUGCCCUCAAGAUCCUUCGGAUGAACCUCUCUGUCCGGCCUAUCACAUAUCGAAGGCCCAGCACAAAGAAGACUGCAAACCAUGGCGAAAGGCUCUGAUUAUCAAGCUGCUAGGAAGAUGGAUUGCUACUAGAUUCCUGAUGGCUAGACUCCAGAGGCUAUGGAACCUGACUAGAUCUUUUGAGUUAAUAGAUCUAGACAAUGGAUAUCUGUUGCUGAGGUUUUUAGAUGACAAUGAUUACCGUCAUGUUCUAGAGGAAGGACCUUGGAUCGUGAAUGACCACUAUGUUGUGGUUCAGAGAUGGAGGCCAUUUUUCGAUCCAUAUGAUGAUCAAUUCAAGAAGUUGGCGGUGUGGACAAGAAUUCCUGGGCUACCCAUUGAGCUUUACACAGCCCACCACCUCUGGAAGAUUGGUAACUUUUUUGGGAGAACUUUAAAGGUGGAUAGGAACUCUCUGCGUAAGAGUGAUUAUGGUUUGGAAGUCAUCACUGAGAGAGCUCGUUUUUCCCAUAUAUGUGUGGAAGUGGACCUAAGAAAGAGUUUUCUAUCGAAAUUUAAAAUCGGAGACAAAACUUACAGGUGGGAUACGAAGGCCUUCACUUAA